AUGUCUCUUCCCUUGCGCACCAAUUCAGCCCGAGACUCUGGAGGCUCGCAGCGGCGUAGCAGGCGCCAUCGACAGCGUGGUCGACGUAGCCGUAGCCCACGACCAUAUCCCCGGGUGGCAUCAAGUACGGGACAGACAGACCAGAGGAAUGGCCGAAGGUCUACGCCUGAAGACCCGGUUCCGGCCGGCGUUGAAUCCCCCAACGGGGACGCACUUUUUAUUGCGCAAGGCAUGGAUGAAAUGGUAGUCUCAGAACCCCACCACGGAGCCAGGGGCGGCAGUCACCAGACUCCGGCUGCCUUUCAGUCGGCUGGGAUGUUCACUGGGUCUGAUGGCUGUCUUCAUUCUCAUGCCGCACAGCAUAGUUCUGGUCAAGAGGAGGGGAGCCGACAGGGUGAUGAAGACGGCGAACGUAUGGAGUUGACUGAGGAGAACUUCUCAUCCAUUGACCACUGGACUAGUGCCAAUGACGAUGCUUGGAACCCUUUCCGAGGCACGGCCCAGCACUCGAGCUCAGGGUACCAACUGUUGAUUAUCGAGGAAGAGGAAGAGGAGGAGGAGGCGCACGAGGAAGAGGAAGAGAACGUUGAGAAUAGUGCUGCCACUAUUCACAACGCAAACUGA